AACGUGCCGAGGUGGCCACCACCGAGAGGAAGAAGGGGGCGGGGCGGUAGAGGAGCGCUGGACUGCAUAAUUUUUGUUUUUUCUCAACUCAGGGCGCAUAGAUUGUGAUAACUAGCCUCAAAAUAACUGCGUGAUAGACUGAAGCCAUCAUGAUAUCAACGGAGACCAAGCCAAGCCCCACCACGGCCAGGGAGGGGCAGGUGGACAUAAGAGAGGACGAGGACCAGAGUGUUAAGCUGUCGGAGAUCGUUGAGCUGUUGUUGGCUGCCGGUUACUUCAGGGCGCGUAUCAAGGGUCUGUCUCCCUUCGACAAGAUUGUGGGCGGCAUGACCUGGUGCAUCGAGACGUGUAAUUUUGACGUGGAUGUUGACCUUCUCUUCCAUGAAAACCUCACCAUUGGCCAAAAAAUAGCACUGACAGAGAGGAUAGUCAGUGUGGUAAGGUCGAUGGGCUGCCCUCCCCGCCUGGAACCCCACCAAAUCCAGGGUCUUGACGCCAUUCAUAUCUUUCCAGUCAUCCAGUGGCUGGUGAAGAAGGCGCUGGAGACGAGGGAGGAGUUUGGUGAUGAGACAAGGCAGUUUGCAGUGCACGAGUUUAUGCGACACCACACCAACCCGCAGCAGCAGCAGCGGCGAGAGGUCCUGGGGCAUGUCAGCACCACUCUGGCCUCCGUGCAGUCUAACUAUGGCCCCAAGAGGAGGCUGAGACGCAGGCCUGGCACAGCACCACCAGACACACCGGCAGCCCGCGUUCACACCACCGUGCUGGAGUAUGGCCUGUCCUCACACCGCACCCCCUCCUUGCGUGUCAAGCAGGGUGAAGGAAGUGAUGAGGCAGAUGGCGGCAGUGGCAAUGAGAUGGAGGAGGUGGAGAAACAGCUGAUGAAGACACUACAUAUAGCUGAGAUAUCAGAGGGCCGGCUCAGCGCUCAGCAAGUGGGUAGCAUUGUGAGUUCCAGAGCUCAGGAGAUUGCAGCCACAUCACAGCACUACUCAGACCUCCAGCAGACUAUUGUGGAUGAGGUGCUUGGAGACAGUGCCACCUCCCAGCUCCGGGCACUGGCUUCCCUGGAGCAGCAACGCAUGGCACUGCAGGGCCGGUUGACGGAGGUGGAGGCGGAGCAGGCCAAGGCAAGGGAGCGUGUGAAGGAGGCGACAGGCAGGCUGCAGGACAUUAAGAAGGAGAGGCAGAAGGUGGAGGAGGAGAUGAGAAGUCUUGGGGUGAAGGACAAUGCAAGCAGGAGUGCCCUGGAGGAGCUGUCCCGCCUAGUUGAGCUGAAUGAGGCGGCCCGCAAGAAGGAAACAGAAUUCAAGGAUGCCUGCAGAAAGGAAGCUGAGAGGAUGAAGGCGGAGAUCAGCACCCUGCAGACACGAAUCACAGAGACUGGUGAGGGGCAGGAGGAAGGUGAGAGGAGGCUGGCCGCGGAGAAGGAGCGCUGGGGCCGGGCGAGGCGUCAGCUGGCCGGGCGGACGAGGAGAGUGGAGGCAAUGAGGCGCCUGCUGGAUGACAGGCCGGGCCGCGCUGAGCUGUCACAGUACCAGCGCAGGUUCAUUGAGCUCUCCAACCAAGUGGCCGCCACACACCGGGAGACACAGCAGUUCUACAACAUGUACAACACUCUGGCCGACACCAAGGUAUACAUGGAGAAGGAACAGUCUCUACUCAACUCCAUCCUCGAUAACAUGGCUGUUGCCCUUGGUAACUCCUCCAGCAUGGAUGAGUAUCUGCACCAGCUGGAGACAAUUGUGGAGGGCAUCAGGCAGAACAAGAUGAAGCUGGAGAGGCGCAGGGCAGAGGAGAGAGCCAGGAAGACCAACCUUAGCGAGGAGUUGGCAAGACUACAAGACCUGAACCGCCAAUAUGCUAAGACAGUGCACCAGCUGGGACAGGAAAUAGCACGUUCUGAGGCCCUCCACCUCAAGCUGACGGCCGGGCGAGGGUAGACAAGGUGUGGGUGUAGCUAAUGGUGGUUUGGGGGUGUUAAGAUGGAUUUAUGGUGUGUUUUGUGUGGUUUUUGGUGCAUUAAGAGGAAUUUAAUGUUUCUUGUGUUAGUUAAGGUUGGUUUUGGCAUUGGUGGUGUUGGUAAGCUGGUUUUUGGAGGGAGUUUUGUAUUUUUGGUGUUUGAAAUGGAGAAUAUUUGUUUAUCCUUUUUUUUUUUUUUUUUUUUUUUUUUUUUUUUUUUAGAGUCAGUCUUGAAAUGGAGAAUAUUUAGUUUUGUUUCCUUUCAUGGAGUGGUGAAGGUGUGCCGAGGUGCUUCAGGUCAGGAAAUGGAAGGGUGACAAGUUUUUCUAUUUGACCAUGUGCUUUUUUCAAGUGUUUUUCUUUUUAUUCUGGAGUAAUUAAGCUUUUUUUUUUUUCAUUUAUAUAUUGUUUAUCUUAUUUUUUGGGGGAUUGUCUAGGUCUGUGUUUUGAUGCGGAAGAAUAUUAAGUCUGUUCCUCUUUGGCCGCAAGAUACAGGUAAUAAAGUAUGUGUGAUUAACAUUAGUCUUAAUUAAAAGGCUCAGGUGCCAAGAAAUAGUGGAAAUAUUUAGUUAUUAUUAUUAUCAUCAUUAUUAUUAUUAUUGUAGAUUUUGUGAUAUAAUGUCUUCCUGUGAUAGAUAUUCCUUUAUUUUACUUAUUUGUUAUACUUUUAAUUUUUAAGUGAAAAAUGAAUUAAAAUAUAAGUGAUCUGGUGCAUAGUUAUACAUUUUAAUUUCAUACACCAUUGAAUAUGAUUAUAGUGAAACAAAUAAUAAUACAUAUCAGCAAA